AUGUCCUUCAGAUUCGGCGUCAGCGACAUCCUUCGAGAAAGCGAGCCCGCCUCCAAGCUCUGGAGAAUAUUCUCCGAUGGCGAAGGCGAUUGUUUGGAGCCGAGCCACCAACUAUACGGUACAUACACAACCCUUGAGGCUCUCGUAAGCGACUUGAAAGAUCCAGCGUCGCCUACGAAAAGGCGUGGACAAGGCCAAGCCAACGACAGUCUUGCGCGAAUGAUUGCCAACAUCGAAGAAGUGCUACUAGAGCUCGAAGCUGUCGUCGCAGAGUACCACACAAUCGAAAACCAGAGGUAG